AUGUUCGCCGAAAUCGUGUUCGCCAUCGAGUCAUCGCUAAUGAUGGUCGUCCUCGGUCAUCACUUCUGUCACAUGUACCAGUUUCUUUUCGCGAAAAAGUACCGCGGCCAUAUCCAGAUCCCGAUCCUCGUCUUCAUGUUGCUAUCCUGCAGCAUCGUCCUCAUUGUCGACCUGAUCAUCUUGAACCCAAUAUUUUUCUUUUCCGGCGGAGGGCUGGCACUGAACUGGAUCCGGUUCAUCACCGCCUCGCCAUUACCCGCCCUGUUUGCAAUGUGCACUUGCCUGUACUUGGUAUCCGCGUGUACGUUUGCGGCCACGGUGUGGACCUGCUUCCGGACGCUGGGCAUCAUCAGACGACGUCAGACGGCACAAGUCGGUGCUCCCCGCCCUUUUCUGUACAUCUGGUUGCCUGGCUAUCUCGUCCCCUGCCUGCCCUACGUCUGGGCCAUCAUGAAGGCGUUCGAGUUGAGCGAGAAGAUGGCGUGGCUGCGGCCCUACUACGUCAUCUUUUGCGCGAUUGGCGUGAAUUUCCUGAGCGGGAUGCUAUACACCUACUUCCUGUUCGCCUACGGCCAAGGUGAGCGCUACGCGUGGAUGCACGCGCCGCUAUUCACGCUAUUUGUUGGGGCCUACGCAUCCGCGUUGCCGAUCCUGGCGAUAGCCUUCGGAAGACCACACAAGCAGUCGACGGGCGGACGAGUGAUACAAGUAUCCGCUGGCACGAUGUCGGCGCACAGUCAAUCCGAACGCGCGAGCACGAACGCGCCGAGUAAAUUG